UAGAGGAGGAGCUCUGCUCGCAGUUUCAUUGGCUCAGACUGAGGAAGACACUUGAGUAGUCAAUGUGACGUCUUGGGAAUGUGACACCGGGGAAAGUAGAUGAAGAAGGACAAGACUGCUGUCAUGUCACUGAAUUAUUGACUGCGCGGCAUUUAAGCAGAAAUCCUGCAAUAAAGGUGUUUUGAAACCGUGGCAUGUGGAGAAGAGCGGCUGCAAAUGGACCUUCGCUGUCAAUAAGAUUAAUAAACGCAGGUUUUCACGAUAAGGCCAAUAUGUCUCGUAGGUUGCACGCGAGAAGAAUUGAAGGAAUUGACAAGAAUAUAUGGGUGGAAUUCACUCAGCUGGCCGCUGACUAUAAGGCUGUGAACCUGGGUCAGGGAUUCCCUGAUUUCUCCCCUCCUAGUUUCAUUCAGGAGGCCUUCUGCAAUGCCUUGAAUGGAGGUUUCUCCAUGCACCAGUACACACGUGCUUUUGGCCAUCCACAUCUUGUGAAAAUCCUGGCUAAGUUCUUCAGUAAGAUUGUUGGCCGGGAAAUAGACCCAAUGGAGGACGUCUUGGUUUCUGUAGGAGCAUAUCAAGCCCUUUUCUGCACCUUUCAGGCUCUUAUUGAUGAGGGCGAUGAGGUUAUUAUUGUGGAGCCAUUCUUUGACUGUUAUCAGCCAAUGGUAAUGAUGGCGGGAGGAACAGCUAUAUAUGUGCCCCUUAAACCGAGGGAAGGCUGUGGUCCUGUUCUGUCCAGUGCUGACUGGGUGUUGUCUCCUGAAGAGUUGGCGAGUAAAUUUAGUCCUCGUACCAAAGCCAUUGUCAUUAACACUCCCAAUAACCCUCUUGGCAAGGUCUAUCAGCGGGAUGAACUUCAGAUGAUUGCUGACUUGUGCAUUAAACAUGAUGUCAUUUGCAUCAGUGACGAGGUGUACGAGUGGCUCACAUAUGAUGGAACAAAACAUGUGAAAAUCGCCAGUCUGCCAGGUAUGUGGGAACGCACUGUCACCAUUGGAAGUGCAGGCAAGACUUUCAGUGCCACAGGAUGGAAGGUGGGUUGGGCAAUUGGAUCAGGACAUAUCCUGAAGCACUUAAAAACUGUGCAUCAGAACUCAGUGUAUCACUGCGCCACAGCUGCCCAGGAGGCUGUAGCGGUAGGUUUUCAGAGGGAGUAUGAUGUAUUUGGAACAGAGGAAAGCUAUUUCCAUCAGUUACCAAUACAUCUUCAUGAAAAGCGACUGAGGCUGGCAGAUUGCCUGAAGAGUGUCGGCCUAAAACCUAUACUACCCCAGGGAGGAUACUUCAUGAUCGCAGAUAUCUCAAAUCUUAAUGUUGACCUUACUGACCCAAGUACUGAAGAUGAACCUUAUGACUACAGAUUUGUGAAAUGGCUCAUAAAAGAGAAGGGACUGGCCACUAUCCCUGUGUCUGCAUUCUACAGCCCGGAACACAGAGGCGAAUUCCAGAAAUACAUCCGAUUCUGCUUUGUUAAGGAGGACUCAACCCUGCAAGCAGCAGAGGACAUCCUGAGGCAAUGGAGUGACAGCAAAUGAAAAUUCAGAAUUCUGACAGAACAGGCCUUCCACAUACUGACAAAUCUGAAACGCAAGAGAUCUUGUAGGAUAACAAAUCUAAAAUGAAAUUGAUUUGUUGCAGUUUGGGAUAUGAAUGGUUAUUAAAAAGAAAAGCGUUUGUUAUUAGGCUUAAGAUUGAUUAUAUGCAGGACUAGUGGUUACUGCAUCACGAAACAAUCAAUAUCAGUAUAAUUUUACGCUAAAAACAUAUUAGUGGGUGGAAUCUGUUGUAGUCGGAUAAGCAUUAUUGUUCUUUGAUUUUUAUGUUCUUUCUGGAUUAUACCUUGAACUGCAUUACAGUCUGUUAUAACUGGCUCCACUCCAAGUUACUAAUAACACAUUAAUAGAUUUCACUUCAUGUUUUAUUAACUUAUACAAAGUAAGUAUUAUGUUCAGCCACUUCCAUGAUAAAAUAUUGCAAACUACCUCAUACAUCUGCAUGUAGAUCUAAAGGAACAUUGUUUGUGGAUGAUCUAAACACUGUCACCAGUUGCAGAAUUUCUUUGACACACUUCUGCAGGAGAAAGCAAUAACAUGUGUCAUUGUCGCACAUUGGUUUUAAAUAUAUGCCACGUAACUGAUUGCAGCAUAAAUAGUAAUAAAACUAAUCUGAACAUA